AUGGAUCCCCAGAGGGAGAUGCCCAAGAAAGACAACAUGGAGCAUCUCAUUGCCGACAGGCGGAAAGGCAUUGGUGCCUGUGGAUGGAUCCUGGUUUCCCUUUUGUUCCUCCCUCCUAUUUCCCUCUGGGCGUGUAUCAAGGUUAUCAGAGAAUAUGAACGUGCUGUUGUAUUUCGACUGGGAUGUAUACUGUCUAAGAAAGCAAAAGGACCAGGUAUGUUCUUUGUACUUCCAUGUACAGAUAUGUUUACCAGGGUUGAUCUUAGAAUGGUUACCUGUAACAUUCCUCCACAAGAGAUUCUCAUGAAAGAUGCUGUUACUACCUGAGUCGAUGGGGUGGUGUAUUACAGGAUCCACAGUGCUGUCGGCGCCGUCGCUAACGUCACCGAUGUCCACUCAGCUACCUUCCUCUUGGCACAGACAGCCCUGAGAAAUGUUCUGGGUGCACAGAGCUUGGCUCAGCUCCUGGCAGGUCGUGAGGAGAUUGCACAGGCUGUCCUCAACAGUGCCACGAAGCAGUGGGGAAUCAAAGUGGCACGUGUGGAGAUCAAAGAUGUCAGGAUUCCUGUGGCCAUGCAGAGGGCGAUGGCAGCCGAAGCAGAGGCUGCUCGAGAGGCAAGAGCUAAGGUUGUGUCAGCAGCAGGAGAAAUGAAUGCUUCUAAAGCCCUCAAGCAGGCCUCCAUGGUGCUGGCCGAGUCUCCGGCAGGUCUUCAGCUGUGCUGCCUGCAAAUGUUAACAACCUUGGUGGCAGAGAAUAAUUCCACCAUUGUCUUCCCUCUCCCUAUAAAUAUGCUUGAGAGUUUGGGGCAGAAAAGUAGAGGGGGAUAG